AAUGUUGCAGGUUUAUGAACAACUGACAAGCGACUAUAAGGAAUUCAUAUCAGAAAUCGAUGGAGUUCUUCACGAUGAAUCGUUCAUCAGUGAAGAAUCUCCCAAGGAUCGAAUUUUCGGUGUCUUUGACCCAAUUUAUAGAAAAUGUGAACGCUUAUUAGAAGAAGGUGAACUGUUAUUGGAUAGAGGUCAUCAAUUACAUUUAAGAUAUAAAAAUGCUAGUUUUCUCAAGAAGAAGUUUAGUAAGGAGAAUAAAAAGAUAGUAGAUAGCCUAGUACAAAUGACUGGAGAGUUACGCUCAAAACUUACAAAGCUUCGAUCAAUUUAUAUCGCGAAAAAUGACGCCCUGAUUAACACUAUUGAAACAACUGGGCUCGAAGAAGGGUUUAGGAGUGUUAUACAGUGGAUUAAAGGGCCUGGUGAUAAGCUUCUAGUUUCACAAACAGAAAUCGGUGAGGAUUACACAACUGCUGAUAAAUUAAGAAAAGUUCAUGAGGAGCUAGAAUUAAAAUGUGCCGAUACCUACUCGAAUUAUGCUGAAUUAAGGCAUAAGGUUACGCUACUACUAGAAAGUGGUAAAGGGGAGAAGGCGGAUUUAAUAAAUCAGUGUGAUUAUAUGGAAAGUGUUUGUAGGAACUUUGCCAAUAUACUCGAAAAAAGAAGGAUUUUAGUUAUCACCUCAGUGAGGUUUCAUAGGUUUUUCGAAGAACUUUCCAGAUCACUAGAUGACCUCUUAAGAACUUUGCAUAAUGAAACAGCAUUCGAAGAUGUUCAAAGUGCUGAAACAGCUUUGAGUGACCUUGAAGGGAAAGUUGAAGAAAUUCUUCAUCUCUACGACGAAGCAAUCGAAGAAGGUCAUGAAUUGCUGAAUCUCUUAAGUUUGUCAGUGAAAAAUUGGGUAGGUCAAGAUGUUACCCCUGACCGAACUAAACAGAUCGAGCAUGUGGAAAAUCUCUUGGAUGCUCUUCAGCAACGUCGGACGAGAUCUGAUGAACUUGCAGGUGCUAGAAAAAAGAAACUUCAGCAGCUUCUUGAAUUAAGAACUUGUGAACAGAAUGCCAUACAAGCUAUUCAAUGGAUUGCUGAACUCUGUGAUACUGUGAAUGAACGUAAUGCUGCCACUCCUAAGCCAGGAGAAAGGCUAACAGAUUAUCAUAAUACCCAACUUCAAGUUCAUAAAACAGCUUUAGAAACUUACAAUUAUGGUAAAGAAUUGCUACAAAGAGCUCUAGUUUUGAGGCGAGUUUUACAUCAGGAUCUUGAAGCUAAUCAUGAAAUGAUGCAAGAUCUUAAUGAUACUUGGAAGAGAUUCACGAGGGGUGAACUUGAACAUGUACAAAGAUUGAAAAAUGCUUCUCUAUUUCAUCAUAAUGUCGAACAAUUUGAAAGCGAUAUGAAUGAUAUAUACCAAGAAAUGAAAAUGGUUGAAAAUUAUCAGCUAAAACCAGCUGAUGCUGUUUGGCAAAAUUGGCAUAAAAAAGAAAGAAUUUAUCAACAAGGCCCAGAAAUUAUUGAUAUAGGAAAGAAAUUAUUAGAAAAGUUACAAGAGCCUGUAAUUAGAGAAUAUGGAGAAAAUAGAGAAAUUGAAUUUAUGGAUGAGACAGUUGUAAACAAUCUUCGACAAAAAUUAAGCAAAUUCGAAGAUAAUUUGAAGAAUUUCACUUCCGAUUGGGAAAAUAUGUUUUCCGCUUAUAAGCUAGAUCAAAAUGAAAACCUUGUUGAUGGAGAUGGCAAUAUUCUUCGAUAUGCUUAUCAAAGAAAGCAAGAAGAUUUUACACCGACUCACACAAGCACUUUGAUGAGGCCACCUGAUUCAAGUUUAUACUCUACUCGAGAUGAAACAUUAAGUAGUGUACCAAUGAGAGAAAAGUCAGACAAUCAAUCAAUAGAAAAGUUGGAAAAUCAAUCUAGAGAACAAUCAACUAAUUUAGAGCGUAAUACAUCUUUUUCCAAAUACGAAGAUGAAAAAUUUUUCGCUGAGAGAAAUAAAAUUUUGAACAAGUAUGGAAGACCGUACAAGCCAUUUAGUUCAUUUUUGGCGAAAAAAGAAGAUUGGUAUCACGAAGGAACAGAUAGAACAUUAGAAAGACCAAAUCAACGUAAUGAUAAUCAAUCGCCAUAUGAUGGCUGGCGAUCGGAUCGUGCAAAUGAUAACCAACACCCUGAAGGACAGAAUAAAUGGAGAGAUGAAGAAUCCAUACAAGGUCGUUUCUAUUAUCCUCAGAAAGCUGAUGUAUCUAUAGAUACUGAACAGAAAUAUGCUGAAAUAUCUGAACAACCUAACAGUCAAGCACAGUUACAUCAAAUGCCUGCUAAAGCUUCAUACUUUUUUCCGAGUGAUCCAUCAAAUCUGAAUAAGGAACCAACAUCGCGUAAUCGACCACAAUCAAUGCCUCUUGCUGUUGAAAGAAUACCGGUUAAUAAUACCUAUGAUCAAACAGACAGAGGAAAUAUAACAAGAGAAGAUCGCAAUAGGUACAGUGAUCCAAACUAUGCGUCAUACUUUCAAAGAGGUCACCCCAGGGAUUCUGAUCCAUACGCCUCCCAUAUGCAUAGAAAUAUGGAAAGGAGUAUCCACCCUCACCCACAAGAGCAAUUUAACCGAACUAGUGAAACGCCAGUUCAGGAUUUAAACCAAAAAGAUCAAAUUUUGGAAGUUGAUCCAGAGCCACCAUUCCACGGAAAAUCUAAACCACAGGAUCAGAAACCAUACGACGGGCCAGGAUAUUGGGAUAGUGACAGACAAAAGUUUGCAGAUCCAAGAUAUAGCUCUCAACCAAACAGACAACAUAAUCAGCCACCAAACACUUCGCGUGAUCCAACGCAACCAUUAUUCAUUGACACAUCAUUUCCUAAUGGAAUUGCUCAAUCUGGAAAACCUUUAAAUAAAUAUGAUCCAGAAUAUGAAAGACUUGCCUCUGACUAUCGUAUGGAAGAACGUCAGCCUAGAAACUCAGGAACUUAUCCCGGUCCUUGGUAUCAUUCAUCCCCAAGAGUCAUUCCUUUCCAGCAGCCAACUGCUCCUUUUUAUACUGGUGCUCAAGAAACUGACGAAAGUAAAUACGAUGUUGGUGAGAGAGAUGGGAGAUUUAGUGAACAAUUUGAUCAUAGACGUACAGCCAUUCUAGAUCAUAAUAUAGCUACUACAGAAACUCUACCAGAAAUGAUGCCUACUGCUAAAGAUGAAUAUUCUGAUAGAGACGAUUCGGUUUUCGUAGAAGAUGAUCACCCGAAAUAUGCUACUGGAGAAGCUCUAAAGUAUGUACUCGAAGAGGAUUUCUUAGAAGAUCCUACCGAGCUAGUCGUCUUUCCGCACUGUGGAACUCGAACACAUUUUCCACUGAGUGGCUUACAUCCAGAUCAACCAAAGAAUACUUUUCCAAUUAUCAAUGACGAUAGACGAUAUGUAAUGAAUGGACACGAUACAGAAUUGGACGAAGAAAAUUAUAAAACAGGUAGACCCGACUACCAUUCAGGAAAUCAGGAUGUUUCCAAGGAGAAUUAUUCACCUGAGGAGAGAGGUCAUUAUAGAAACUAUCAUGAAGGAAUUGAUUUUGCUACUCCUGUCAGCGCACAGCAAGAUGAUAGAAUCAACGCUCUACCUGAGCAGCAAAAGCCUACCGAAUCUAUACAACCGGAAGGACAACGUAUAUUCAAAAGUGGAAAGCUGAUACGCUUGAUUGGCUCAGAAAAGCCGCAAGACAAUAGACUGCAAGAUGAACUUUCUCAGGAAAUAACACAAGCUGAUAGUUUACCAUCGCAGCAUCUUUCAACCUUUCGAAAUGAACCUUUGCAUGCAGCUCCUGGAAAGAGCCAUGAUGAUUCACUUUUAUCCGACAGUUUAGAGAAUGAGUAUGCCUAUAAUAGGAAAUAUGCCGAUGUAGGAGAGCCUCUUACUCAUCCUCCACAUGCAAGGCAAAAUCUUGCUUUAGAUCAAAAUUCUGCUUUUGCCGAUCUAGUAAUAGGAAAAAAUCAGGAGAACACUACUAGCAAAUUUUUAGAAAAUUAUCCUCAGUUCAAGGAAUACCCUCCGCCACCAGAACCCCAAGUAUCUAGAUAUAUAGGAGGAGAAUCAUACGCAGCCCCAGAAGAAAAUUAUGAACCUGCAAGAGUAGGAGAAAGACCUCUUGAAAAGUUGCCAAUAUUUGGCUUAACAGGAGCUAAAGCUUUACAACAAUCAAAAGACGCCGGAAAUGACGAAGAAUUUAGAGUAAUUGACCAAAACGAUCCAUUGCAGAGGGAUGAUAGAUAUCCAGCUGAAGAUUUUAGAGAACGACGACGUCGUAAUAUUAUUUCAAAAGAUAAACAAAUAUCUGAUUCACGUUCUUGGGAAACAUGGAGGGAACCUCAGAAAAUUGACGAACAAGAUGUUGGCUACGGACGUUUUAGUGAAGAACCACGUCAAGACGAAGAUAAUUUCAGAGAUUAUAGAAUGUAUUCAACUGAGAUACCAAGGAGUAGUCAAAGACAAUCUGACCUUCAAAUAUGGCCAACUGAACCUAUUGAAUAUUCGAAAUUGAAUGAUAAAUAUUUAGAUCAAAGUAUUACAGAGAUUAUUGAUCCCAACAGUACCGAUGAUCGUGGCAUUCACGAUGAAACAACAUCUCAUUUAUCUAGAACAUCAUCAGUGGUUUUGGAAAAUCGUCUUGAAAAAGUCACAGAACUAUUUGCAAAAUCCCAAGAUCCAAACAAAAGUCUCGAAAGGCUUAACAGCUUCUUGCAAAGGGAUACAAGACCGGAUAUGGACGAUGCCUUUAUUGAUCCAGAAAACCAAGAAUUUUGGAACGACUUAAAUAGAAAAUUAAGAGAGAAUAAUGAUUUUAGUUCUGAGUUAAUUGCUGUGUGCAUUGUUGAAUAUGAUGUUGCUUUCCGCGACACAUAA